UUCAUCAUUGUUUGAUCACUAUACAUAAAUACAUAUAUUUUAUUAAAUACAUUUUAGUCAAAUGGCUGCACGAGGGAUAUUUUGCAGAUCAUUUCAUCAAUAUCUUAAGUACUUUGGAACCAAGUACCUUCAGACGACACUCAACCGAAAUUAUAGUGUAUGCUUGUUAUUAAAACGUUCUUCUCUUUUUAAAUCACCGAGUAGUUUAUCAGAAACACAGGAUAAUGGAAUAGAUACGUUGAAAAAGGUUCUACAUAAAAAAUACAUUCAUACAACUCCAAUCCUGCUCCAAAUCAAAAAAGAUUAUUAUAGUAUACUGGGAGUUCCUAAAAAUGCAUCUUCAAAAGAUAUAAAAAAAUCGUAUUACCAAUUGGCAAAAAAGUAUCAUCCUGACACAAAUAAAGGAGAUCCAAAUGCUGGUAAAAAAUUUCAAGAAGUAUCAGAAGCUUAUGAAGUUCUUAGUGAUGAAACAAAACGACGAGAGUAUGAUACAUUUGGACAAACUCAUGAACAAAUGAAUAUGGGAGGACGACAUCAAGGUGGAAAAGGUCCACAAGGUUUCGCACAAGACUGGCAAUUUCGAUCAACUAUAGACCCAGAAGAAUUGUUUCGUAAAAUAUUUGGGGACUCUGCUUUUAAAGGAGGAUUUGAGGAUUUUGCCGAAACACAGUUUGGAUUUGGUGGUGCUCAGGAAAUUGUAAUGCGCCUAACAUUUUCUCAAGCAGCAAGAGGUGUGAACAAAGAUAUAGAUGUCAAUGUUGUAGAUACUUGUGGCCUAUGUCGCGGCUCUCGUUGUGCACCUGGAACUAAACCAGGAAAAUGUCAAUAUUGUAAUGGUACUGGAAUGGAAACUAUAUCGACUGGUCCAUUUGUGAUGCGUAGUACUUGUAGGUAUUGUCAAGGAACACGUAUUUACAUCAAAUAUCCAUGUACAGAGUGUGACGGUAAAGGACAAGGAGUACAGCGUAGGCGAAUCACGGUACCAGUACCAGCUGGCGUGGAAGAUGGACAAACCGUUAGAAUGGCUGUAGGAAGCAAAGAAAUAUUUAUUACAUUUAGGGUAGAAAAGAGCAAUUACUUUAGACGGGAAGGUGCAGACAUUCACACCGACGCAAUUGUUUCAUUAUCACAAGCUAUUCUGGGAGGUACAAUACGAGUACAGGGUGUUUAUGAAGAUCAAACAAUUCAAGUAAUGCCUGGUACAUCUUCUCAUACCACCAUUUGUUUAACAAACAAAGGACUAAAACGUGUUAACUCGUAUGGAAAUGGUAAUCAUUAUGUACACUUAAAAAUUCAAGUUCCGAAGAAAUUGUCAGCUAAGCAAAAAGCUUUAAUACAGGCAUAUGCAGAACUUGAAGAGGAUACACCUGGACAAAUAUUAGGUGUAACACAAAAAACAGAUGGUAAGUCUCGGUCAUUCACAGAAAACAAUGAUUGGUCAAUGAAUGGGUCUAACCAUAAGCAGGACGAAGAAACUGUUGAUCAUAAUAUUACAGGCAGUUCUGGUCAGUCAAGGAAUAAUACGAUGCGCGAAUCUUAUUUUAUUGGGGUUUUAAUAAGUUUUGUCAUAAUUUUAUACAUUAUACAAACAAAUUAUUAUGAAUCUGAAAAGGAAUCAGUAGCUGAAAGAAUUAGAAUCAAAGAGCAACAAAAAUCUUCAAUGCAAUAAACUUAGAGCAUUGAGUUUCUAAAAUAUUCAGUUGUUUCAAGUAACUAAUUUUAAGAAAAAUUUUCUGUCUAGUUUGAAACAGGAACUGUAUUCAUACAAUUUAUUAUUUUCGUAUA